AGGUUGCCAAUCACGGCUCCUCGUCCGCUUCUCCACCCGUCGUCUCCAUUCAUUCCUUCCUUGUUCCUUUUGAUGAUUUGAUCCAGAGUAGUACACGAGGAGAAGAAAGUAGGUUGCACCUGACCUAUAAAUUCGCACGCCCCCCAACGGCAUUUUUAAGCAUUUAACCACAGGAGUAGCUGGCAGGCACUCCAUAACCAGCGAAAGGAGCGAGCAAGCAAGCAAUGGCAACGGCCUCCUCAUACGUCCUCGCGGUCGCUCUCCUCUGCCUGCUCGCCUCCGACGGCUGCUGCGGCUGCCCCUGGUUUCUCCCUGCUACAUUCUGCCCUGGACCUACACCUGAGCCCACACCUACACCAAAUCCCGUUCCCGCUACACCUGCACCUGCCCCCGCCACCCCCAGCCCCGGCCCCAUUACACCUCCACCUGCUCCGGCUACCCCCAGCCCAGGCUACGGCUUUGGCAGCACCAACGGUUCUACCAGCGGGUGGCUGGACGCCAGGGCCACAUGGUACGGCGCUCCCGAUGGCGCCGGGCCGGACGACAACGGUGGCGCGUGCGGGUUCAAGAAUGUGAACCUGCCGCCGUUCAACGCCAUGACGUCGUGCGGAAACGAGCCACUCUUCAAAGACGGCAAGGGAUGCGGCUCCUGCUACCAGAUAAGGUGCGUGGGCAAGACUCACCCGGCGUGCUCCGGCGUCCCCGAGACGGUGAUCAUCACGGACAUGAACUACUACCCCGUCCCCCGCUACCAUUUCGACCUCAGCGGCACCGCCUUCGGCGCCAUGGCCAAGGACGGCCGCAACGACGAGCUCCGCCACACCGGCAUCAUCGACAUGCAGUUCAAGAGGGUGCCGUGCCAGUACACGGGGAUGUCACUGACGUUCCAUGUGGAGAAGGGGUCGAACCCGAACUACCUGGCGAUCCUGGUGGAGUACGGGAACGGCGACGGCGACGUCGCGCAGGUGGACCUCAUGGACGGCGGCGAGCCGACGGUGGCAUGGAGACCAAUGAGGGAAUCGUGGGGCUCCAUCUGGCGCCUGGACACGCGCCGCCCGCUGCGGGGGCCCUUCUCGCUGCGGGUCACCAACGGCUCCGGCAGGUCGCUCGUCGCCGACCAGGUCAUCCCCGCCGACUGGCAGGCCGACGCCGUGUACAGCUCCGCCGUCCAGUUCGAUGAUUGAUCGCGUCGGAUGAUCCAUGGAAGGCAUGCACGUCCAUGCAUGCAAGGAUUUGUUCUGCCAAGCUACGGGUUCGGCUCACCUGCGGGGUUCCCAGCAGGGAUUAUUAUAUAGGGCCAAUAAAUGACUGCCAUGUGUCCAUGUGGGUCAACAACUACAAUUAAUUUUGAUUAA